AUGCAUUGGGCCCUCACGCAGUUCACGCCCGCGUCCAUGGAGGUCGUGCCAGUGAACGUCCACGAGCGCCUGUUCACCUGUGUCGUCAUCAUCGUCGCCAUGGUGAUCUUCUCGUCGUUCGUGUCGAGUAUCACCCAGGCGAUGGCCCUGCUCCGAUCGACUCACGCUCGGAAGGCCGAGCAGGAAAUAAUCAUGCGAAAUGUGUCGGAUUUCAGCGAGUAUUGCAUUCCAAGGGAGCUCGCUGCCCGCUGCAAGCACUUCCUGCUUCAGCACCAGCGCAUGGCGAACAAGCGCAUCAAGGACACGGAGAUGCCGUGCAUGAAACUGCUGCCAAAGGCCAUCCGCGAGGAGUUGCGUUACGAGGCGUUCACGCCUUUGCUCAAAGCCCAUCCGUUUUUCGAUUUCUAUAUGCAAGCCUGCCCCGUGGGCAUGCGGCAGAUCUGCGCCAGCGCAACGGACGAGGUGUCAAUGCUGCCGCUCGAAGAGAUGUUUUGGGACGGCCAGAGCGUGAACCGCAUGUUCUUUGUUCGUGUUGGACUGGUGUCGUACUGCCACAGGGACCACAGAACGUCCCCCCUGGAUGUCAGACAGGGACAGUGGGCCUGUGAGGAGGCGCUGUGGUCAAAGGUUGCCCUUGUGGACGGACCUUUCAGGGCUGGUUCUGCUGGGUGUGAGCUCCUCACGGUGCUACCAGCUGAGUUCCAGUCGAUCGCCAUGGCGCACCCUGGAGCGCUAAGGUUCUGCGUGGGUUAUGCGGAUGCCUUUAUCCAGAAGUUUAACAUGGCGAGCAAGCGCGCAGAGUGCGACGAUCUGCUCUUCAACCAGCACGACACUAUAAUGGAUAUGGUUGAGGACGCUUGUAUAGGCGACGACGCCUGGGGCAAGCUAAAUCGACGCUUCCAUCGCAGCAAGGUGCAAAGCGGCAAGAUAGUCACGCAUAUGCCGCCUGUUUCGAUCGGCCGUUGGUGGGCGAGCAAGAGCGACGCAAACGCCUCACAGUCGAGAGGGACGUGCGGCGACGCCACACACACAGAGGUCUCGACGCUGGACUCGGUGAGUGGCUUUCCGCUGCGUCGCGGCACAGCCUGA